AUGAGCGAUUCAGAAGAUGUUUUACAAGGAAUAGACGAUACGGAUGAUGUCUCUGUAAAAUUUACAUUCCUGUCUUUCUGCGAAUAUUUAGAAAAACACAAAAACUUGAAUUUGGAGGCUUUUUCCGGCCUUCUACAACAAUUUAAAGCAUCUGGUGCCCCUUCUGUUUACCCUUUGGUUCGAUUGCUGUUACCGGCUCAAGAUAAUAGGAAAUUUUAUGUGACUUCUGUAAGUAAUUUAAAAUUUUUAAACGACAAUGAAUAUUCCAGAAGGGACUGAAAAAGGUUUUAAAUUCUGUUCUUCAUUCUCCGAUUACGAGUUACAAUCCGAAUGCUGAGAUAUUUGCUAACGCUUUGUUUCAAGAAUUUCAUGUUAUGGAUGGGACGAUUAGUUUAGUGAAAAUAAACAGAUUCCUUGAUGUUUUGGAAAUACGAAGAUCUAAAAGUAUGUCGAUCCGUAGAUAACGAAAACCUUCGUUUAGGAGGGCAGAUAUUUCAUCGGAUUGGCAGCAGCUUGGGUCGACUGGAAUUGCUUUACUUCUUCAACAUUAUACUUGGUGACAUUACGGAAUUUGUGACCGGUAAAAAGAAUGGCGCGAACACAAUAUUACAAUUCAUAUCACCAUUUGCUAAACAGCUUCUAAGUUCUGGAUUCAGCCUGAAGGAUAUUUGCGAGGGAAUAGAUGAAGAUGAUGGAAAUGCAAAGAACUUGGCAAAUUUUUUAAUAUUGGGGAAGCCAAUCAGACCAAUGCUGUUGUCGCGGGUGUGCAGUACUAACGAGGGUGUUUUGAAGGUAAGCGGUCAGAGAACAACAAGAUUUCCCGUAGAUCAUUAGAAAUUGUGGCCGUCCGUUUUAUGUCGAAACAAAGUUUGAUGGAGAACACUUUAUUGUCCACAGAAUCGAAAGGGAGAGUUACAUGUAUUACAGCCGGAAAGGAAAUGAUUUCUCCGAAAACUUUGGAUUUGAUUGUUUCUCUGGAUUUUCCGCCAAGAUUCACGAAUUAUUCAAGGACGCAGUUUCUGAUUGUGUUCUGGAUUGCGAGUUUGUUAUCUGGGAUGUGAAGAAUAACGUGAUAGGUAAGGUCAAGCUUGGUAAUAGGAAACUUAAAUUAGUCGGAAAGAACCGCCGAACUUCCGAAGGAAAUGUGCUGGAUGUUAAGUAUUUGGAGGACAACCCCAACUUCCAACGAUGUCUUGUGGUCUUCGAUGUCUUAUUAUUGAACGGCAAAGGGUUGAUGGAAGUCCCUUUAGUUGAGAGGCAGGAGGUUUUAAAUAAGGAGGUGUUCAAAAGGACAGUACAAGGGGUUCUAAUGAUCUCCAAACCAACCGAAAUAUCCAAAGUCUCCGAUUUUUUUCAGUUUUACAAAUCUCAUAUGGAGAAUGGAGAAGAAGGGGUCGUGGUUAAGGUAAGCUCAAAAUUUAAAUUCUCUGUAUGUUUUGUCCAGGGUAAGAACACUCUUUAUCGAUUUGGCCAACGGGCAAUAGCAAAUGGCUGGUUUAAAGUUAAACCUGAUUAUGGAGUUCGCUUGACCCUGGAUCUGGCGUUGGUUGGUAUAAAAUAUGAUGAUGUAAAACAUAGCAAGAUUAAGUCAUUUAUCAUCGCGGCAAGUAUGGGUAAGCAAUUUAUUUAUCUUGUUGCUAUUCAACCCAUUUAUUAGGUCUAAAAGUAUAACUCCGCGGUUUUUGCUGCUCAUGAUUUUGAUAAAAUUAAAAAAAUUUACAUAUGCACCAAACCAUUUUCAAUUUUUAUUUCUAUUAAUAAUUGCAAAAUUUUCGCAUAAUCCGGGCAACUUUCAAACAUCAUCAAAUAAUUUUGUUUUGGGGGUUUUAAACAAAUAUCAAGCCAAUCUUUGACAUCGUUGUAUUCAGCAAAGCGCUACUUCGACAGACCGUGUGCCUCGAUUGAAAACAAAUGAUAAUCUAAGGCUGCUGCAUCAGGAGUGUAUAGCGGAUGGGGCAAGGCUUCUACUUAAGUUGUUCUAGGGUGUCCUUAUGCAAAAAAUUACGAUUUUUUUAACCGUUACUAUACGUUCAAUCUCGUUAAUUACUGUUGGUAACGGGUGAAAAAAUUACUGGAAAUUUGUGACGGUGCUGGACAAAAUUAUAACCGCGCUUACGAAUUUGGUUUAUUAGCCUAAUUAAACCACUUAAUAACAAACACUAAUGUUUAGUUACGAUGCCUGAGGCUUCAAUAACGUCUAUUAAACAGUCGGGAAUACUAUGGGAUAGCUUAUAGCUUUUAACCUCUUUUGGCUAAUACUUUUCCAGAAUCGGAAACCAGAUUUCUUCUCAGUUAGGCCGUGCAGACCGAGUUGCGAGGAACUAUUUGACUAACCCAGAAUGCUAUAACAAGCACAUCUAAACGUUCUGGCAAAAAAGUGUACCACUGCAGUAGGGCAAAGGCGAAUAAAUCCGCCGUGCUUCUUACUCCACCAUCCGUGGGGAUCAUAUAGAACAAGAAAUAGGCUUGAAUUGUAGCAGAAAGGCUAUGCGUAAAAAACGGCGGAGUUCUGCCCUAAUAAGUAAUAAAGCGUUUUCAUUUAUUUAGGUGAUGGCCAAUUAAGAAUUGUUGGCGGUGUUCAAUGUUCUUUGAAAAGAAAUGAUUUCGAUCAACUUAUUCAAUUACUUGACCUCAAAAAGUCAAGCUCUGCCACCCGACCCCAUUGGAUCCAAGGAUUUUCCCAGGAUAAGACCAUUCUUUAUGUUAAUUCGGACAAUGUUCAAGUGGUUGAGGUAAAGGCCUCAGGGCUAAUAAAUGGACGUUUACAAUUUCCCGCGAUAACUGCAUUGAGGACGGACAAGUUUGUGGAUGAGAUCAACUUUUAUUCUGACGUUAUGUCAUACGAAGUCGUAAGUUUGCGUAAUCUUUUGGAAAGUUGAAGGAUUUGAGAGAAAACAAAAGGCAUGCGGUGGAUGAGACAUUCACAUUGACAAAGAAUAAAAAGAAACGCGUUGUCCCAGGCUCGGAGGGAAUUGAAACCACGAAAGUGACCUCUACAUACAACCAGGUAAAGGUUUAUGUUGUCGAUGAUUUUCGGGACUCAAAAAGGAUUCGAGAAUCGAAGGAGACGCUCAAAGGAUUCGGAUUUAAUGUCAUUCAAAACUACAGUAAGAAUGGGAUCUCGAAUUGACAAAAUUUUAGCGGAAUCUGUUAACUUUGUCGUUUCGUUGGGGACAGAUUCAAGGAAGAGUCAAAAAUUAAUGCAACUCGAAGAUUUGAAUAUAAUUAAAGAUCAAUGGGCAACAAAAUGCAGAGAGGCCGGAAGAGUAGUGGAAUGGUUCGUUUUAUAAUUGUUAAAAUACGAUGUUUGAGUCACUGGGUCAGCCAUGGACACAGGACAAAAACCUAUUUUGAUUUUUUAGUUUUAAAAUGACUGUUGGCUUCCAAUAAAGGUAUUACUCAAAUAGUUUUGCCCAAUUCUCUCAUUAACCUCCUGUGAUUUUCAAUUUAAUGGUUUUACAAUGAUCGACCACUACGAAAAAAAUAUUUUUCUGAAACAUUACUGUAAAACCGUUAAAUUGUAAAUUACAGGAGGUUAAUGAGAGAAUUGGGCAAAAAUAUUUCAGUUAUCGUUUAUCGGAUGCCAACAGCUAUUUUAAAGAUAAAAACUCAAAAUCGGGGUUUUCCUAUAUCCAGGCCUAACUGGCGGCUGAUUCAGUGUCUCAAAAAUCGUGUUUUAAGGGUUGAGUUUAACAUUCGAUUUAGGGGAAGUCAUGACUAUUUCCUUAAAUCCGAAAACCCUCGGUACCAACUGGACAAUAUUGGUGAAAUAGACGAGGAAACAGUGAUAGAAUCCGCCAGAGAAACGAUUAAUUAUGAUGACAUUGAGGAUGAAUAUGCUCAUGAUCAGUUUUCCGAAGCACAAGAUUGUGUCCGCGAAAUAACAUUGGACCAAUUAGAGGAUGAUAACUCAAAACAGAUGGAAGAUAUGACGUUAGAAGAGUACCCGCAGUUAGAUGAAAGUCAUGUCUUCCAAGAACUAAACUUCUUUAUGCCAUUCUCGGAUGACAAAGUCCGUGAUUUGAUCGAGAACAAUGGAGGAAAUGUCCUUCGGCAUUUGAAUAAAGGCGUAACCCAUAUUGUAUUCACGAAACGGUAGGAUUUUUGUGAUACUAUUCUUCAAUUUUUUAGGUAUGAUUUUAAAGACGAUAGGCUGAAGGUGAUGUCAUUUCUCGAGUCGAGGAUGUGGCAAUGUGUUCUUACGGAUGUAAAUUGGAUUAACGAAGCACUUCGAGACAAUGAGAGGUAUAAAGAUUCCUUACCCAUGAGGGAAGUUUCUCUGUAG